AUGUACAAAGGAGUUCAGAUAUCACAAUGUUCGCGUUACAAUCGUUUUAGGGCAACAUGCAAGAAGUUUCAUGAAGUCCUCUUGGAUCUUGCCAACCAUUGUGAACUUCUAGAUUCUAUGCAAGCUGGAAAGCUAGAACCAGAAGUUGCAUUUCUCAAUGCAUCACUUAUACCAGAUGUUUUCCCUCUUCUGGCAGCAGCACAUAAGACUCUUAUAGCGUCCAGGGAUUCACUGGCCACACGCACUUUUCAUUCUGAGCUAGUUUAUAAUUACUCAGGAUCUAAGCAUAUUACAGAAUCCCUGGAAAGAUGUGUAAUCUCCAAUAGCACCACAUACAUCCUGGCAGCUCGCGUCAACGCUUCUCCAGAUGAGCCUAAAUAUUUCAUUUCUAACUAA